ACAUAUCCCCCAAUUCCCCCUUCCCCUCCAACGGCCAACGGCUGCUCCUCCUCCUCUCAGGCUCUCACACCAAUCCCCACUCUCCCUCCUUCCGUAAUUGCGUCUCUCACCACCUCGGCAACUCCAAUCCCAAACGGCCACACCCUAGCUGGUCUGGUGGCAUCGGCCGGCACACGGCGAUGCCUGCCACGGUCUUCGCCUCCCCCUCCAUCGCCGCGUCGCCGUCGCCGUCGCUGUCUCCGUGGUCCCCACGUCCGCCUCCUCGUCGCGUCCACGUCCGUGUCCGCGUCCGCCCGCCCCCGCCGAGAAGCGGAAGCAGCGGGGGCGACGAGCCCUCUACUGCCACCCCGUGGGCGAGCCCCGACUGGCUCACGUCUCUCUCGCGCGCGGUCGGCCGGAGCGGCGGCGACGACUCGGGGAUCCCCGUCGCGUCCGCCAAGCUCGAUGAUGUGCGGGACCUCCUCGGCGGCGCGCUCUUCCUGCCGCUCUUCAAGUGGUUCCGCGAGGAAGGGCCCGUGUACCGCCUUGCCGCGGGGCCACAGGACUUUGUCAUCGUCAGCGACCCCGCCGUCGCCAGGCACGUGCUGCGUGGGUACGGCUCGCGCUACGCUAAGGGACUAGUCGCUGAAGUCUCCGAGUUCCUCUUCGGCUCCGGCUUCGCCAUCGCAGAAGGCGACUUAUGGACGGUGAGACGCAGAGCUGUUGUGCCUUCCCUGCACAAAAGAUUUCUGUCCAUUAUCGUGGACAAGGUAUUUUGUAAAUGUGCUGAGAGACUAAUAGACAAACUUGAGCCAUAUGCUUUGAGUGGGGAACCUGUCAAUAUGGAAGCGAGGUUUUCUCAGUUGACAUUGGAUGUGAUUGGUUUAUCAUUGUUCAACUACAAUUUUGAUUCCCUCACAACAGAUAGUCCUGUCAUUGAUGCUGUUUAUACUGCACUCAAAGAAGCAGAGCUUCGUUCUACAGAUCUUUUGCCAUACUGGAAGGUUGGUUUCUUGUGCAAGAUAAUCCCAAGACAGAUAAAAGCAGAGAAUGCGGUUAUGAUUAUAAGGAACACUGUUGAAGAGCUGAUUAUGAAGUGUAAAGAAAUAGUGGAAGCUGAAAAUGAACAGAUUGAGGGUGAGGAAUAUGUAAACGAAGGGGAUCCUAGCAUUCUACGCUUCCUACUUGCUAGCCGAGAUGAGGUAAGCAGUGUACAAUUACGUGAUGAUCUCUUGUCAAUGUUAGUUGCUGGUCAUGAAACAACAGGCUCUGUACUGACGUGGACAAUCUAUCUUCUCAGUAAGGAUCCGACUGCACUGAGGAGAGCUCAAGAUGAAGUAGAUCGUGUUCUACAAGGUAGACUACCCAAAUAUGAGGAUGUAAAGGAGCUGAAGUACUUGAUGCGCUGUAUAAAUGAGUCUAUGCGGCUGUAUCCACACCCUCCUGUGCUGUUACGGCGUGCAAUAGUUGAUGAUGUUCUUCCUGGAAACUAUAAGGUUAAGGCUGGUCAAGAUAUUAUGAUAUCUGUGUACAAUAUACACAGGUCCCCAGAGGUUUGGGAUAGAGCAGAUGAGUUCAUUCCAGAGAGGUUUGAUUUAGAGGGACCUGUUCCAAAUGAGUCAAACACAGAUUUCAGGUUUAUUCCAUUCAGUGGGGGUCCUCGGAAAUGUGUUGGAGAUCAAUUUGCUCUCCUAGAAGCAAUAGUGGCACUUGCAGUUGUGUUGCAGAAGAUGGAUAUGCAGCUUGUGCCAGAUCAAAAGAUUAACAUGACUACUGGAGCUACAAUUCAUACAACCAGUGGACUAUAUAUGAAUGUAAGCCUGCGUAAAGUUCAGCAAGAAGCUGAGUUAGCGCUGAGCGAAUCGAAAUAGAUGGAAACGACUUCAGACAAGAAUAGAGCUCCUGAACUGGAUACAAUCAUACAAAUAUGAAAUAUGCUUCUCCAGUUUCUCGUUGAAAGCUCUACUGUACUAUACUAGAUGUCAAUGCGUCGGCAUACAGAUUACAGAUUCGCUUCUCUUGAAACAUGAAAGGAUCCUUCGCUGGCUGAUUCGUUUGGCUAUUCGUGAGUGUAAAAUUUAUCUUAGGCUUUAUUUAGAUACUCAAGUAUUGACCUCAAUCAACAUGUGUUGAUGUGGAUUUGGAUGUAAUUAGUUCAAAUUACACCUAAAUCCAUCUCAAUACUCAAUACAUGUGGAUUUAGGUCAAUACUAGAAUAUCCAAACUAGGUCUUAGUGGUAAUCCAAGACCGAACAGAAACAUGUUUCUACUUAGCUGACGGCGGCACAAAUAUAGUAUUAGUGCUAGUUUGGGAACUUAAAUCCCCUCAGUGAUUGGAGGGAUUGAAAAAGAAAUUAGUUUAUUUUCCCCUAAUCUUCUCUAAUCAUAGAGGAGAUUUGAGUUUCCGAACUAGCCCUUACAUACACAUAUUUUGUCUGGUUUUCUCCCCGAAACAUAAAUCCAGUUUUAAGCCUCAUUCA